AUGCGCUGUCCGCUCACUCCGCCCUGGUGCAGAGUACAGAAACAAGACGAUCACGCGUGCUUGGGUGGAAACGCCAAGUACGGUUGCUACUUCCUCGCACUCUGCAUCUUCUCUGCCGGAAUGGUGCGCGACGCUAUCUUCCACGAAGCUCUGUCCGAACAACCCCGCACGCAGCUCCUCCCUGAGCCCUUGAACAUCAUUGUGCCCGUCGCGCUCUUCGUCAUGGGUCAAACCUUCGUCAUCACCUCCACCUAUGCGCUCGGAAUCACCGGCACGUUCCUCGGAGACUACUUCGGCAUUCUCAUGGACCACCGCGUCGAGGGCUUCCCCUUCAACGUCCUCCGCGACCCUAUGUACGUCGGGAGCACUCUGUCGUUCGCCGCUACCUCGCUCUGGUACGAGCGUCCCGCAGGCCUGCUCAUCACGCUCUACGUCUACAUCGUCUACGUGAUCGCGCUCCGCUUCGAGGGUCCCUUCACCGACAUGAUCUACGCAAACAAGGCGGCAGCGGACAAGGCGGGCUCCAAGAAGGCGCAGUGA